UGCAAAAUCAAUGUUAAAGAAUGCAUUCCCAUUUGAAAAAACUACAAACGGCUGAAAUUACACUAGAAUCUUACAAUUGCCAAAUAGAAGGAUGUAACUUUGUGACCAAGUGUUAAACUAAAAUGCUGAGCCAUUUAAGUACUAUUCACGUGCAAGAUAAAAACUUUACUAGCCCUUGUCUGUACACAACUCAGUGUUUUCACAAAGAGAAUUUCAAAACAGUUAGUGGUCUAAAACAACAUUUAAGAAGAUUCCAUCUGACUUUUUUCGCUGUUCCUUCGAAUGUGAUAGAAAGAAAUUCAAAUGGCACACACAGUGAGCAAGGUGACAUUGAAAGUAUCGUUAACUCAGAUAAUAUUGACUCAACAGAGAAAUUAGAUGUUCCGACAAAUACUGGCCAUGAUGUUGGAUCAAAACUUUUACCUCAAAUCGACUUGGGCUUAAGUUCUGCUAAUUUUGUUCUAAAGCUUUUAGCUGAACAAAAGUUGACACAAGUAAAUAUUCAGUACAUCAUGACUGCUGGAACAGAAUUAUUGAACAAUGCUAUAAAAGCCAACCUACAAGAAGCUAUCCGACUAAUUGUGGAAAACAAAUUUGACCCCAUGUCAGCUUUGUCUAGUCUUUUGGAUUGCAAGGAAACCCCGUUUGCUCAACUCAAACACCAGUCUACUCAAAACAAAUACUUUGUUAAACACUUUGGAAUGAUUGAACCAGUAAACAUCGUCCUCCCUAUUCAGGCAGUAGAUUUCGGUCGUCACAAAACUGGAAAGGAUCAACAUUUUAAGCCAAAAAAGUAUAUUUAUGUCCCCAUUUUAAAACAAUUGGAGAGAAUUUUAAACUUUGAGGAUGUUUAUAGUGCAGUAACUGAGGUUAAGAAAGUGCAUUUGGUUUGAUUGUCAAUAUUUUUUCUCAUGAUGGUGAGUUCGUGUUCGUUUGUGAAAUCUACCGAGCAGUUAGAUUUGAUAAACAUUUCCAGUCUUUUGUAGUUGUCAAGAGAGAAGAUAAUUUCCAUAUGUCUCUCUCUCCCAAACAAUUGUCUGAUUAUUCCGUUUACACUCUUCACAAACCAUGUUUCCACCGUACUAAACAUUUAUAUCUCACUUCAAAAACUAACAUGCUUCGAA